GCCGAUCGCCGACCGUCCGCCAGACCGCGCCAGUCUACCCGAGACACCGCACUGCGGCGGUACACUAUACCCUACGUUCUCCAAUACUUAUACGACACCGGCUUUCGAAACAUUGUGGAAAAUUCUAAAUGCUGACUGUUUAGUGGCUUGCUGAAACGUUGUUACCAGUGUAAGUGUGCGUCCUGAUUGAAUCAGGAUGUUUGGUAGUUUUUAGAGGCUUCUACGAUUAUCCCGCGCUUAUUGACGCUGAUUUCUGAUUCGUGUCGAACAGAUUCAACAUCACCGGAUAGAGUUUCUCGAAAAACUGGACACCUUAUAGCCAUAGGAAUAAAAGACAGUAAUCAUGAAGAAAAAUAUACACUGUACAAGUGGAUGGUGGGUAGUGUUACUGACCGCCACGCUGGCAGUAUCAGCGAUGGCAGACACCGGAGCCAGUCUCUACAAUUCAAGUCUUAGCCAAGUUAUUACCUCAAGUACCCUCAAGUGGACCAAUCUUAAAAAGGAAAACAUCAAUAACUACGUAACCGGAGCUACUUCUCCGCAAGGCGCUAUUUACCUGUGCAGAGCACGUCAUGAGGGUGAAAUGCUUUUGGGACAAUUACGACCAGAUUAUUCAUCGUGUGCAGUGUCAGGAAGCAAAAGUUACAAUGUAUUUGAGGUACUCGAGAACAUAGAAAAUGCUUCUUUAAUCCAUUGGAAGCCGUGGGCCAAGUUCCAUUCGAAGCCUAAUGGUGGUGUAAUAGUAUCUACACUUGAUUCAGUGUUUAUAGGAAGGAAGAAAGCCCCGACACCAGGUGGAUUCUCACAUAACAUUGGAAGAAUUGCAUACGACAAUACAAUUGGUCACUUAUACGCGUUUGAUGAAGAAAACAACGACUUAGAAGAAACAAAUGGUGAAAUUUUAGUUGAAAUCGAACCAAUUAGUUACAAAUUGGAAAAUGUAGAAUUUGAUUUAAAAACAGAACACGUCCGUCAAGGUGAUCCCAAGAUAUUAGAGGAAAGAGUCCUCCAAAAUGAUGGUGAAGAGGCUGCUACCGUUACCGCAGAAGUAGGAUAUAAAUAUAACUACAGUCUCUCUUGGGGACAUGGUCAUGGUCUAGCAAUUGGUCUGAAUGUAGAAAUUGAAUUAGCUAACCAUACAAAAUACCAACCUACUGGGUGGUCUACACUUUUCAUUGAGGAACGAGAGGACGUGUUUGAACUCAAACAACAUCUUCAGCCUGGAACUGCUUGUAAUGUGACAUUGAGGGAAAAACGUAUUGAUCGCGAUGUACAGUAUACGGGAAAAUUAACUACUUAUUACAGGGAUAACGAAUCUCGAAGCAGACAAAUGCGAGGUGAAAGUCUUGAAAACACAGUGCUAGUGGAACCUGAAUACGGUGAAAUUUACUUCCUUGUUAACAACACAUUGGUACCAACGACCACAACUACUACCACUACGACAACUACUACUACCACAACUACAACAACACCAAAGCCAACAGAACCGCCAAUGCCGGAAGAAAAUGAAAUUUCAAUCCAGGAGAAACCUAAUGAUGCACCAGCUGAAAUGCAAAGUGACAGCAGCGAAGCAGAUAAAACAAAUGCCGUAAAUGAGGAAAAAAUAUCAACGGCGAGGGUUGGUGGACUCGGUAGUAAUCCUAACGGAGCCAGUACGAGAAUGAUUUCUUCCACAAUCUUGAUCCCAUUAUUUGCACUAUUAUUUUAAGUAAAUAUAUCAAUACACACAGCUGUCCUUGUAAAUAAAUGGAAAUUAUCGUAAACUAGUUACGUUGCCGUUAUAUCUGGCAACUAAGCUUAAUGCUGUUGUUUGGGAAGAGUAGGGGUACGCCGUUUGCCCUUUCUCGGUGUAAUAUUGUAAAUAAUAAAAGUGUUUGUUUUCCUAACAUUCCUGUUAUGUGAUUUCACUCCACUGUGUAAAUUGAGAAGUCCUUUCAAUCACAUAACUGUAAAUAGAUAUUGUAAAUAGUUACGAAAAUGGAAGUCGCAGAGCGACGAGAGAACUUGCCGUGUCAUCAGUAACAUGACGAAAGGCGUUUGUAUGUAGGGUUAACAUCAUGAAACGUAUGAGUGCGACAGCGUUACCAACUUGACCCUCGAGUUAUAAAAUACUAAAACUAAUUUAUGACAACAAUUUCAGAACAAACUCCCAAUGUGAUACGUUGAAUAGAUAAAAUGUCGUAGGUUCCUUUCUGAGUAUUAAAAUCAUAUUAGGAACCUUGUUCAUCUUUACACAUGGUAUCUAUAUUUUUAAUUGUACUAUUUGACGUAGCUUUUAAAUGACUCUUUAAACGUUCGGUCGACUUCAUACAAUAUUAUGUACAUUUAGCAAAUCAAUGGCCUUGGUCGUAAAUUGAUAGAUAAAAUUUAGGUCGUCGCCAUAUAAGCAAUUUUGUCCAACGUAAACUUUUCCCUAAGUAACUUAUACAUAAUAUUAUAAUAAUUUGAUAUUUUCUAGCACAUUGCCAUUAACCCAUAUUGUUCUAAUUCGUGUAGUCAAUUCAACCAAUAUUUCUAUACCUCCGUAUUUUACAAUUGAGUACCUAUUUACUUUACUUUUGUUAUUUUUAGUUUUAAAGAGUUUAAAUCCAGAAUUAAGAGAUAUUAUUUUUUAAAGGUUUUAGUGUUACAUUAUUUAAUUUAUUUUGUUUUUAUUGCGGAUUAUUAAGACUAGUAUAAUGCUUACAUUAAGUGAUGAAACUCUAUUACUGAAAAUUUAGGAAGAAAUUAUAACUUUGUUAUUCUAUAGCCAAAGUUGUAGUUGACAGUUGUAUAUGCACUAGUAGUAACUAUCAUGAACUCAAUAAAUACUGAUAUUAAAAAUUUGACAUUUAGUCCCAUUAUUAGACCUAAAUGAUCUUACAUCUAUCUAAAAUAAUCACAAAGUUGUGAGCCAAAAUUAUGUGACUCUCAUUGAAAGAGUUCUUAGAUAUAUUAAUUAAAAUUGAUGUUUAUAAUAGUAAUAGAAACUAAUACAGCCAUACAAGAAACCUUCCAUCAGGAAUCUAAUUUGUAUGAUACAGCAUAGGGUUACAAAAUUAAAGCCCUCAGUAGCUAGACGGAAGUUAAAUGUUAGAAUGCUUAAAGGUCUUUGUCAAUGUGUAAAGAAAAUGGAUGAUAUUUUUGUAUGGGUAUAUGAAUCAGUAAGUGUUUGCCUUAAGAAUCUGUAAAUGGAAUAACUUCAUAGAUCUUUAUUUCAUCUAAUUAACGUAGUUCAGAGUUUACACGACAUGUAUGGGAAGUACCCCUGGGUUCGCUUUAUGUAUGAUCGUGAGGUACUUUUUAAAAGCUGACAAUUUAUAUUAGACCCGACACCAUCUUGAAAAUUGGAAUUGAAAAUGCAAUGUCGACGACUGAUUACACGAUUAUUCAGUAACCAAUUCAGGGCUCAAAAUAACCUGCCAGCUUUUAACCUUGUCGUGUAUUUAGUUUGAUUAAGUAAGUAAUUAAAAUAAAAGAUGCUUCUCAGUAUUUUUUCACUGAAUGUAGUAGCGUGUUGUUGAGAUAAAAGUUAUAUGCUUUCAUUAAUGUUUAUAGAUUCUCCCACCUGAAGUACCGUUAAUUGUUAAGGCGUUAGGAUAUCUUACAAAUCAUUAUUAUGUAAUUAUAGGUCAACUGAAUUAUUCUGCUUAUUUCAGUUUUUUUGAAUUUUAAAUUGAUGUUUAGAUUUAAUGUUCGAGGCCUCUACGUUCAACGUACACUAUUAAUAGUUAAUGUGUCGAUUUUGUUGCGCACAUUAUGUGACCUAAACUAAAGACUGUUCCAAAAUAUAAUACUAUCUAAUCUCUUUUACACCAAUACGCAGUGUAUAGACACUAACAAAGAAGUAUUAUUAAUAUCAUAAAUGCAUUGCCGGCAGAGGAACAUAAGAUUUUAAAUUAACUUUACCUCGAAUUUCGUUGGUUUGGAACGCACCCCGUAUCAAAGCAGCACUACUUUGGGGCAGAAAAGGGGUAGGGUGGUGAUAGAUACCAGUUUUGGUGGUUAUCAAUUAGUAUAUAUAGGUUUAACAGUGUGCAACAAAAUGGGUACUAGUUUCUUUUCUGAUUUUCAUUGGAAAAGUUAAAACAAUGCAAUUGUUAAACAUCAUGUACAUCAAUUUAAUAUAAUAAACGUAGUUCUCAACAUCAAAAUUGUUUUGCGAAGCAUAAUUGUGAUGUUCAAUGUAAGUUUUAUUUGUUUAAACCCAUUAAAGUGUAAUUGAAA